AUGAAAAGCGGCGAUUUCUACGGCAGCGAGAAGGGGUUGACCGUAACACAGCCGGGGUCGGCUGCGAUCGAGUUCGUGGCCGCCGACGGGGGCGUGACCCCGCUCAAGACCGGGAUCCCGUUGCUGGCCGAUGAAAUCAUAGACUGCGCGGUGAUGAAUGCACGUGAACUGCGCAGUUUCUAUGCGGAGGAAAUUGCGAGAGCCAAGGCGGAAAACGUGCUCCUCUCGCUCCACGUGAAGACAACCAUGAUGCGUAUCUCCGAUCCGAUAAUCUUCGGCCAUCUCGUGUCGGUGUUCUACGAGGACGUAUUCGCCAAGCACGGGGGUGCACUGGCUGAGGUCGGCGUUGAUCCGGAUAACGGCGUGGCCGAGCUCCUCACCAAGAUACGGGACCUGCCGGAAGCCAAGCGAGCGGAAAUUGAGGCCGAUAUCGACGCGGUGUACAGCAAGCGGCCGGAACUGUACAUGGUGAACUCCAACCGGGGAAUCACCAACCUGCAUAUACCCAGCGAUACCAUCAUCGACGCCAGCAUGCCGGUGAUCAUCCGGGACGGCGGCCGUGCCUGGGGUCCCGACAACGAGCUGCACGACACCGUCGCGAUGAUUCCGACCGCUCCUACUCGACGCUGUAUCAGGCGGCCAUAG